ACAGGAACAUGAGUUGGAAACAUCCAUUCAUAAGAAAAUUGAAACAAAAGCAAGGAAAAGUCUUCGUAUCCGUUAUGUUUGUUUCUUUUUUCUUUUGGUCUUUUUCUUUUCACAAACAUUUCAAAUUUCAAAACUUCUUCUAUAUUCUUCUUUUUUCUUCUUCUACAAGAACACCUUCAAACUCAUAACACAUACUGCAUCAUCAACUUCUACUUCUUGCUGUUGCCAUUCUUCUUAAAUAAGCUCUUUUCUCAAAUGGGUGGUUCAGGAAGCUGGUUUAAAUCACUGAUAAGAAAGCCAUCUACUAAUCAAGAGAAGGGUAUUGAUAAGAGUAAGAGAAAAUGGAAGUUAUGGAGAAAUUCAUCAGAAGUUAUUGGAUUUGGAACUUCUAUGAAGAAGGGGCACAGUUUUGGUGCUUAUGAUAAAUAUUAUUCUUCGUUUGUGGUGAAUGAAGAAGCUUUUGCUGCUGCAAUGGCUGCUGUGGUAAGAACUCCUCACAAAGAUUUCUUGGUGAUCAAGCAGGAAUGGUCUGCCAUCCGCAUCCAGUCUACUUUUCGAGGCUUCUUGGCAAGAAGAGCGUUAAGGGCUUUGAGGGCAUUGGUGAGGCUGCAAGCUAUAUUUCGUGGCCGGUUAGUGAGAAAACAAGCAGCUGUUACUCUAAGGUGCAUGCAGGCUCUUGUGCGAGUUCAAGAACGCGUCAAGGCAAAGAAUGUAAGGAAUUCUCCAGAAAAGAAAGCUAAGAAGGAACUAUUAAACGAGCAACAUAAUCAAGCUGAUCCUAUUAAACAGGCUGAGCAAGGGUGGUGUGACAUACCAGGAACUGUGGAAGAAGUUAAAGCAAAACUAAAAAUGAGGCAAGAAGGAGCAAUUAAGAGAGAUAGAACAAUGUCAUACUCCAAUUCCACCCUGCGAUCAACAGCGAGUUCUAGUCCAAGCUCAAGAGGUUCUAAGCCAUUGACUCCUCUCAAGCACAGCAGUUUAGACGGUAAGAGCAUGUUAGAACGCUGGAUUGCAGCUAAGCCAUGGGAGAGCAGGUUAAUGGGAGACAUCUAUUUGGAUUCACCUGGCAUGACUCCAUUGUCCAGGAAGAGUGAGAAUGUUGAACUCUCCUUCAACUCAUAUCAACAACAUGGCUUAGUAAAAGCAAGAAAAAAUGGUGCAACAACUAGGGUUUCGUCUAAAUCUCAUACAACAAGCCAAUCAAGUCCGUCGUCUUCGGCUAUAAGCUCCGAAUGCAUGUAUGAUGAUAGCCCUUUAUCAAUUUCAUCCACAUCUGGAUCACCAACGAGGGUGGAAGAUGCAAAGCAAAGGGAAACUGGGAAACCGACCUACACUAAUUUGACAGUGUCAACCAAAGCUAAGCUGAAAGCGUGUAGACAUUCGUCUCCCAAUUUGAAGAAACUCUUUAUGGAUGAUGAUUGUCUGUCUCGUAGCGCGCGAACAAAUGUUCUAAGCGCAGAUACUAGAAGCAUUUCUGGUUCCUAUUCUUCGGCUAAUAUAUGGAAGGAUCUUUAUGCAACUCCUUUAAGGACAAGUUAUCAAAAUCGAUUUACAAUGGGACUUAAGUAGUGACCAUGACCAAUGAAUCCAACAUCUUGUUGUUCAUUGUCACUUUAGUCAGAAGAAUGUGUGUUCAAGUUCAUAGAUAAUAGAUGAUUGAUACUGUUGAUAACCUAAGUUGUUUGCAUCUAUAACCCUUUGCACUCUGCAGCACUGCACAUGAUGCAAUCGUUGAAGAGCCGUUAGAUUCAAGUCCAAUGUUGGAUCUAACAGUUUUGUAGCGACUGCAUCAUUUGCAACCUUGUUGAGGGUCUGAGGUUAAGUGGGAAGAUGAAAUAGCAAACGCUGAAUUUGUACGGUGUUUUUCGCCAAUUUAUAAUUACUAGUCCCUUCAAUUGUAUUUUUUUAUUAUGUUGAUGUUCAUUCUUUUGGCUACUCUAUUGAUUAAUAGCUAUGUGUUGUACUAUAUAAAAAAACUGACUAUGAAAUGUGAGUUUGAAGAUGAGAUAGCACAUCAGUUUCAUUCA